CCUCUUAGUUUGCUGGAUUCGAAACCGGGCAAACUCUCCACGCCGCUGAAUUCCGAUUCGUCCGAUGAGAGCACCGAAGUCGACGACGACGACGACGACGACGAGGAGGAGGAUGUGAAUGGGGAUGAAGAAGUGGAAGAAGAAGAAGAACCACAACACUCUGCUAAUGUCGAGUUGAACAGGAAAGGGGUGGAGGAGAAAGUGACGACCUCGCCCCAACUGAAUGAAGCCAUCGCACGGGUGUCCGUCUCAAAUGAUAAGUCCAAACAGGGGAUUGAAAAAAGACCACAGAAUCGAAUGGAAGCGGAUUCCAUCUCCCCACGGUCAUCCGCAUCACACACUCCAUCGGCCGGAGUCUGUUCCGUGUUACUGAACUAUCCGCUUGCCGAGGGUCGCACUUUGUUACACGUGGCCGUCGAAUUUCAACAGGAACCCGAAGUGGUCAGCCUGUUACUCGAAAGCGGCUGUGAUCCUACAAUCCGGUAA